AUGGACAUGGGAACAUGUGACUAUGGAUUUUGUUGUUGGGUAAACUAUCCUCUUGAUAAACUUGCUGAGAUUUACACUAGGGAGAUAGUUAGACUGCAUGGUGUUCCAUAUUCUAUCGUGUCUGAUAGGGAUCCGAGAUUUACAUCAAGUGUGAGUGAUAAAGUGUUUCUCAAGAUUUCUCCAUGGAAAGAGAUAUUAAGAUUUGGCAAGCGAGGGAAACUAAGUCCAAGGUUCAUUGGUCCAUAUGAAGUAAUCGAGAAAAUUGGUCCAGUGGCUUAUAGGUUAGCCUUACCUCCAGAGUUAUCGCAGAUUCAUAACGUCUUUCAUGUUUCAAUGCUACGGAGAUACAUGAGUGAUCCUAGUUACGUCUUACAAGUUCAACCUAUAGAGCUAAAGGAUGAUUUAUCAUAUGAAGAAGAACGAGUUACUAUUUUAGCAAAGGAAGAUAAAGAAUUAAGAAAUAAGGUUAUUCCUCUAGUAAAAGUAUUGUGGAAACAUCAUAGAAGUGAGGAAGCAACUUGA